AUGUCUUUCGAGAAAGAGCAUACGCGUCCUGCUAAACUAUCCUAUAAUAAUUUCUUGUAUAAAAAUAAACCGUUAAUAAUUGAACAAGCUGACAACGAAUCAUGGUCGACUCAAAACGGCAGAUGGAAGAAACGAUUUAUGUUAAUUGCGCAAGAAUUGAUAUCUGACGAAACGAUUAUCGAAAAGUAUAGUGUAUUCAUGGAGUAUGGGGUGACGUUACCCGCCCUCGUCUUAAGCAUAGGGCGAUUUGAAGGAGCUUCGGCGAGUGACGUUCUCGUGAUAAUACACGGAGUAUGGGGUGACUUACAAAAUGAAAAAACGAGCAGAAAUUUGUGGGUGCAAAUCGAGAAUAUGCAAAGCUCAAGACUGAUUGAGGAGAAACGGUCUACAACCAGCCAAGGAGACGAAAUUAUGAAACUUUAUGAUGACGAUAAUCCAAAAAAGAAAUUGAAGAGUACAGCCGAAGACUUUCAGUCUGAUAGUGAUUCUUUUACGGAUUUAUCUACCAUUGGAAGUGAGGAGUCAUCAACUGACAUUCAAUAUCCCCCCAUUGAAAGUGAGGAGUCAUCAAGUGUACUGGAAAAUUUGGAGAAUAAGAAUCGUUUGGCUACUACAUACAAGGUUGUUUCCCUCUUCGAUAGACAAUUUCCAUAUACGAAAGAACUCUACAAUACAUUCCCCGAUCAAAUGAGAACGUUAGAGAAUAAAUGGAAAAAGGUUGAAGCCAAUAUCCAAAAAACAGUCGAAGAAAGAUGGAAUGUAUCUCAACUGAAAGAACUUGUGGAUAAGACACGACAAUUUCUACGUAAUAGAGGUGCUCUAUUUGAUAAAGAAGCCUGUGAGCUUCGUUAUCGCUCGGAAAUUGUGAAUCCUCUGCUUGCAGGGGUAUUUGAAAUGAUUGAACGUUCUAUAUGGCUUGAAACUGGAGAAAUUGAGAACGAAAUACAAAAAAUGCAACGGAAUGAUACUAAGGAAGAUAAGGAGCGGUUAAAACUUGGAAUGAAACAUGACGGUGUGAUCAACAUGAUAAUACAUGGAAAAAAAUAUCAGAUCGGAUUUCUUGAGGUCGUAGGCAAUGCCUUUAACAAUGACAUAACUGAUAGAAUAUUGACUUAG